CGCUUCCUCCAGGAUCCCGCCGUGAAGGAUGCUCCCUACCAUAAAAAGAAGACCUUUCUGUUGUCCAAAGACGUCUCUGAAGACAUGAUAUACCAAGUAAUGGGUCCAGAAGAUGCCCAGCACAACUCAGACACCGACGGCUCCAAUGUAGCCGCGCAACAAGAGUUCCAAGCCAGCAAAACUACCCCCACCACCGACGGUUCGUCCGAAGCUGCUCAGCAGGAGUUUGAAGCAACAAAGAAAGCCCCGCAGCCCGAGACCUACCCUCGUAGGGAUAUGCCUCCUAUCAUUACUUAUCCAGAAUUUCUCGUUCAGCCUCAAAAACCUCCCCCACUCGUCACCGUGGGCCGCCUCAUAAAUGCUACAUAUAUAGCCGGUGCUUUGACUGCUUCUGCCUAUGCCUUGUCCAAAUACAUCAUUGCUCCCAUGGCCGACAACUUGAACGAAGCUCGUCAUGAUCUAUUUGAGCAUACAGGAGACCAUGUAACCAACUUCAACGACAAAAUAUCAAAGCUGGUUUCCAUUGUCCCUUCAUCGGCGAAAUCCCUACCAUCUACACCUGCUGAUCUGGCAGACUUUGAUACAGACAGCAUUACCUCAGACCCUACCGAGCUCUUCCACCGCGAUGUUGGCACGCAGACUUCGCCUUCACUCUCUCGUCGCACCAGUCUGUCUUCUGAUGCUGAGCUCGUCAAGCCUGAAGCAAUGCCUCUGAAGCAUGCCAGUCGUCUUGACAUCAUGAAAUCUCACCUUUCGGAGCUGCUCGAGGGCGCAGAAAGCAAUGGCACAAGUAACCAAACAUUGCAAGAAAGCGUCAGCGAGACAAGACAUUAUCUCGACGGCCUCUAUUAUACCCCGCCAUCGUACUCAUGGAACGCAGACAAUUCACUCAAUGCAUCUGAUGCUUCCAAGGACAAGAAGUCUGACGCAGCUGUGACCUUGAAGGCAGAGAUCAGAGGUGUAAAAGGCGUGCUCCUCAGCGCGAAGAGGUUUCCCUCG